GUUCCACGGUUCACCCAAGCAGGCAGCAUGCUGCUGCUGCCCGUCCUGCUUGCAGCUUCUUCUUGGUCCCGUGGAGAUGCACAGGCAGUGCCGGUGCAAAGCCCAGCGAUGCGGACUUCAGCGAAGGGAGGCUCGGCCAGCAUGGCAUGCCGGCUGACGAAAGAAGACACCGUGCACUGGUACAAGCAGCUUCCCGGAGAGCCGCCCAAGAGGAUACUGUACGUGUCAGGAAAAAAACCUACGUUUGAUGAUGGAACUGAUGAAAAAAAGUAUCAAGUGAGGAAGCAUGCCUCUGAACCACUCUAUAGUCUUACAAUAGAUUAUGUAACCCAGAGGAAUGCAGGCAGUUACUACUGUGCAUAUUGGUAUUUUGAACACAUGUCUGGUUAUUACUACAAAGUGUUUGGCUCCGGUACAAAGCUCAUCGUGUCAGAGAAAGGAAAUUCUAAACCAGAGAACUCUGAAAUCCUGCAGACGAAGCAUAAAGAUCAACUACUGUAUGUUUGUCUUAUUGAGAAUUUCUACCCAGAAGUUAUUCGGGUGCAGUGGGUCGAUGGAGCAGAUAAGGAGAUAACAAAAAAUGUAGUAAAAGGAGAUGUCUGGAAAUCUACAAAUGAUAAGUACUCAAUCAGCACCUGGUUAACUUUACCAGUGAAUACGACAAACAAGGACUAUGCUUGCAAAUAUGAGCAUGAAAGUCAAGAGAAUUUUAAACUCCCCAUUCAAGAUUCUUCAAAGACUCCUUCUCAGGAAGAGUACUGCAGCACACAUUCUGGAAACAGCACCAUUUUUUACAAAGAUUACUUGAUGCACAGGGCGGCACAUCUAGUAUACCUUGUCCUUCUUCUGAAAAGCUCCAUGUACUAUGUCAUCGUACUCUUCUUCAUAUACAGAACGAGGACUCCAGCUAAGCUCCCAGGAAAGAAAACAUAAAUGUUGGUGUUGGAAAGGUUUACAAAAUCAUCUUCAAUUUGCUUUGCUAUUUACUUAUUCACAUAGGCUCCCCUGCUCUCAGUGCUAAAUACAAAAAAAAAGAAAAAAAAAAAAAAGUCCCAAGAGAACUUACUGGCAUUAGUGUGCAGGGCUUGCUGCGCUUUACCGAUAGUGUUUUCCUAUCAGCCUGUUUUUUUCUCACUUUUUCUGAGUAAUGAACUGAGGAGGAGGUGGGCAAUCAGAGUAAGGCUACAUAGCUUGUGUUUUAAUAGAAAUUCUGUAUUGCAAGAUGAAGAAGGUUCUCAUACUAAAAGUGGUUUCGCAUGCAUAAGUUUACAGCAUAUAAACAUAUAAAGCAAAGGUGCAUUUUAUGAUUGCUUUUAAGGGUUAAUUAGGAGCAUUUCAGUGCUGUAAACUCAUAGAUAUCUGUUCCUUUUUGCUUUCAAUGACUUAUUGCAACUUGUAUGUAUCCACCAAAUCAGGACUGGAAUAUUCUGUAAUGAUAUGUGCUUUAAGAGAAUCAAUUAAACAUGAUUUUAAAAAGCAA